AUGGGUGAUAAUGAAAUCAUAAAUAGAGUUAAAGUUGAUGAUAACAGAGCAACGCGUGCGCAAAUGUCUCUUCUUGGUCAGUUCUUACGUUUUAGCUAUCUGUAUCAGUCUCUUGAUUAUAACGAUUCUGUUUUCUGCGCAUGUUUUGAUUCGUUGAAACUAACGAAUUCAGGAUCAAAUCAAAUACCACAAGAAAGCAAGAACAUGGCUCCUGGAGGUAAUGUUUACCAGGAUGUGACUGAAUCACGUGCUGCCAUUGCUGAUUACAGUGUCAAAUCUGCAAAUGUGGAAGGAAGAAAUGGCCUCAGAAUAUGUAAUUCUAUUGGUGGAAGGCCUGGAAUGGCAUCAAACAGUGCUGUUCAUGAUCUACUUGAGUGCCCUGUAUGCCUCAACAUAAUGUGUCCCCCAAUUCAUCAAUGUCCAAAUGGGCACACGAUAUGUGUGAUUUGCAAGACUAAAGUUCAAAACAGUUGCCCGAUAUGUAGACAAGAGCUUGGAAAUAUAAGGUGUUUGGCUUUGGAAAAAGUUGCAGAGUCCAUUGAAUUACCAUGCAAAUACCAUGUUUAUGGUUGCCAAGAUAUUUUAGCAUAUCACAGCAGGAUGAGGCAUGAAGAAGAUUGCAAGCAUCGAGGGUAUAAUUGUCCUUACGCAGGUGCAGAAUGUCCAGUCACCGGUGAUAUUCCAUUCAUUGUUGCACAUUUGAAGACCGAUCAUAAUGUUGAUAUGCAUGAUGGCUCUAGCUUCAACCACCGGUAUGUGAAGCCUAAUCCUCAUGAGAUCGAGAAUGCUACUUGGAUGUUGACCAUUUUCAACUGCUUUGGAUACCAAUUCUGCUUGCAUUUUGAAGCUUUUCAUCUGGGAGCAGCACCGGUUUAUAUGGCGUUUUUGCGGUUCAUGGGGGAUGAAAAUGAUGCUAACAAGUUUAGUUACAGUCUGGAAGUUGGAGGAAAUGGUAGAAAGUUGAAGUGGCAAGGGAUCCCGAGGAGUAUUCGUGAUAGUCACAAGACUGUUCGUGAUAGUCUUGAUGGGCUGAUUAUAACAAGGAAUAUAGCGUUGUUCUUUUCUGGUGGGGACAGGCAGGAGCUGAAGCUAAAAGUGUCUGGACGCAUAUGGAAAGAACAGUCUUGAGCUACAACCUGGAAGUGGAAGUCAUACUCACUGGACUGACUUCCAGGUUCUGGCUCAAGACUGAUAUAGAGCCCUGUGGCUCUAACAGAAUUCACAUUUUUAGAGUCUAGUUUAUUGCUUGAUAUUUUUGCACAGGGGUGAGUUAUUACGGGGGAUGUUGAUGAAAGUUGCCUGGUGCUCAUUUAUCAGGGUAAACUUUGUCCGAAACAGAAAUAUUUUUCAAGUCAUUGUCAUGUUGUUGCUCUUGGCUAAAACGAUCAAUUUCCAUUGAUAAUAUGAUUCUAAUAAAGAAAACGUAAGUAGGGAGAAAACUACAACAUUUGCAAGGAGCGGUGAUCACUGGAUUUUGUAUCCAGAAGACCCGGUUUAGAGUAGUUUUAUGUUUCCUAUCAUUAAAC